AGCCCCACCCUGUCCUCGAAUGGGUUUUUUACCUGUAACGUUCUGGACAACGAGACUGUUCUGCGCCGAAGUGCUGUACGCGAACUUCUGGAUACAGAGGUUAACUAUGUCAAAUUGCUGGCAGCCAUUUGUGACGGGUAUCUGCCUGCGAUGAGCAAGGGCAUCGACAUAUUUUCGCCAAACAGCAUUCGUCUGAUCUUCUCAAACAUAACGGCCAUGUACAAAUUUCACGCAAAGUUUCUCGAUUCGUUGCGUAAAGGAAUCGAGCAAAACCAAAUUUCGAAAGUGUUUCUUAAAAUGCACAAAGAAUUCCUAUGCUACUCCAACUACUGCAACGCAUAUCCUCGUGCCCUUAUCGAGCUCGAGUCCUACGAUCGUAUUCAGGAUGCAUGCACCAUUCUGGAGAACUGCCGCGAGUCGGAAAACCUUGCAGAGCUCCCACUCUCCGCUCACUUGCUUGCUCCUGUGCAACGCAUUUGCCGUUAUCCCCUGCACCUUAACGAGAUUAUUAAGUCAGCGCUGGCUUCUGCCCCUGUGACGGGAAUUGAUAAACUGAAAGGUUCCUCGUCUUCAGACUACGAACAACUCGACGUCAAUGAGAUAGACAUACCCGACACGUACGAUACCGUAAAUUUGGCGCUGGAGGCCAUGCGCGGAAUCACAGAGGCCGUAAAUGAGGGAAAACGCCAUAGCGAGACGAUCUUUAUCUACAAAGGACGCAUAUUUCUCGACCGCUGUCAUGUUGUGAACGUACGAGAUAUAAAGAUGUUUGGGCACACGAUCAAGAACUCGCUGCGGAUAUACUGCGAGUCGCGGGAUAAGUGGUAUGACUUCAGCUUCCGCUCGGCGAACCGCAAGCACCGCUUCCUCAACACCCUCGCCCUUGAGCGCCAGUUCGGAGGCAAGGCACUCUACGUAUCAGAGAUGACAGGGUUCGAGUACAACUACGAGGAGCGGCCGGGGGACUUUUCAGAUCAGUCAGACUACGAGCUGCCCGACUUCGAGCACGCCCUGUGUGCCACAUCAGCUAGUGGGGAAAGUUCCGUUCCGAAAUCGCCGACCAAGUCAGCCUUCCGGUUUUGGAACACUUUGCCGAAAAAAUCGCAAUCCCGCGAUGGUAUCGCCAGCGUGGACAACUCGCAGAUGCUCUUUGGCUUUGACGCAGAUGAGAAUCUCACAGCGGCCCGUGUCGCUGCUAUCGAGCUGGCCAAGGCCGCCGCUGCGCUGUUGCCAACGGAAAGUUCAUCCGCCUAAGCACACAGAAUAUCAUAAUACAUAAACAUUGAUACAUAUGUAUAUGCAU